AUGAGCAGGGAGAGGAGCAAGAGGAGGAGAGAGAAGAGAGUGAUGAGCAGGGAGAGAAGCAGGAGGAGAAGAGAAGAGAGAGAUGAGCAGGUAGAGAAGCACGAGGAGAGCAGGGAGAGGAGCAAGAGGAGGGGAGAGGAGAGCAGGGAGAGGAGCAGGAGGAGGAGAGAGAAGAGAGUGAUGAGCAGGGAGAGAAGCAGGAGGAGAAGAGAGGAGAGUGAUGAGCAGGGAGAGGAGCAGGAGGAGAAGAGAAAAGAGAGUGAUGAGCAGGGAGAGGAGCAGGAGGAGAAGAGAAAAGAGAGAUGA